AUGGCCGUCUUCUCUGAAGGCUGCACCCACUGGAGGCUGAGGCCGGAGGCAUCCCUCCCGCCUCUGGAGGCGUUUACCGUCUGCAUGCAUGUUCAGUUCCAGGAGAAGGCCUCCUCCAGGUGGACUGCGUUCAUGUAUCAUUCAGCUGGAGGGCAGCGGGCGGAGCUCGGCUUGGGAGGGAGUGGUGAGCAUCUGGUGGUCUGGAUGUUUGGGAAGAAGUGGACUUCAGCCUCCACGGUACUGCUGGUCGGGGGGUCGUGGCACUCCUUCUGCCUGACCGGGGCCCAGCGGCGCGGCCAACCCACGCUCUACGUGGACAGAGAGAUGGUGGCCCUCGAGCCAGUGGUGGAGAGAACUGCAGACUUGCACUGUUCUGGUAGAGCUCAGGAGGGAACCCUCACCCUGGGCUCCUCCCACUGUCGGUCACACGGGACGCUACACCCCGAUGGCCGUCUGAUUGGCAACCUGUCUCUGUUUCGCGUCUGGGACCGUGAGCGCACCGCACAGGAAGUGACCUCACUCUGCUGUACGGAGGGGGACCUGGUGAGGUGGGAGUCGGGGGCCUGGGCCUCUCCUGGCUGCCCUGAGCAUCCUGAGAGCCAGCUGCCCUGUGAGUGGUCUAAGUAUGAGGUCAGACUGAGGUUCCGGAUAGGGUGUGACGACGGAGCCGUGACCGACCACUACAAAGCCCGGGACGCCGCUCACAUCUGGCUAAGAGACGUGCUGGCUUCCACCAUCUAUAUAAACAGAGUGUCUGUGUCCCAACUGAAUAAGUCGCUGUCUGAAGACAGAUCUAGAAAGGAGUGGUGGGCAGGUGAUUUCAGCAGGUUCCACUGCCUGGCCCACCUGAACGUGAUCCCCUACCGGGACGUGGCCACGUUUCAGAGGGACAUCCUCAGGCUCCUGAGAGCUUCGUACAACAAGACAGGGGUCCAGAUACUGGCGGACAACGGCAGCAUCUACACAACCCCUAUCGAGGCCUUCCCCUGUGGCACUCUACCUCUUCCGGAGACAAACUCUUCUCCCUCCACAACCAGCACUCUGAAGACAACACCGUCUGCUCCCACCUCCACCCCGACUUCCAGCACCCCCCCCACUACACCCAGCAGCCAGCCCUUCAGCCCAGUGGCCACCAGUAGCUUCAGCGAUGACCUGACCAGCACUUCUACCAGUCCAAUACCAGUCACCACCUUGAAUGCACUGUCUGAGCUGUAUUUUGAUGUCCAAGCAAACUUUUCCUUGGAAGGGGUCAGGAAUCCUGAGGAUUUUCUCCACACUUGGCUCAAGAACACACUUCCCGAGGACAGGAUGAGCGUGCUGAACUUCAAGGUUCUUCUCAAGACCCUAAGAGAUCAAGAAAAUGUCUCAAUCUCUGAAAGGGCGAUCUCCAAUGGCACGUCAAGAGAGAGCUGUGUGUUUCAAGUCCGGGUGAUGACGUCACCCUCCAACCCCGCUGAGGAGCUCCUGCGUCAGCUGCUGGAGACACCGUACAACAGCAUGUUACAGCGGGACAUUAACAUCAGCCGUAUCUACAUCGUGAAGUGUGAAGGGGUGAGCCACAAGACGGAGAAGGGGCUGUUCCGGUGGCCCACGACCAAGGCCCAGAGCAACGCCACCCUGCCCUGCCCGGGGAACGCCCAGCGCAACGCCACCCGCCACUGCAAACUCUGCCUCAGCACUCAUUGGUCGGCUCCAGACACCAAUCAGUGCCUCCUAAUGGUGGAAACUAUUCCUGACCUGGACCACAUAGACGUCACUCCUGAGAACAGCAUGGACGUGGUGGAGUUGAUCCAGCGGUUGCUUAGCGACCACUCCGAGCUGACCUAUCCGGAGCUGAUGACCGUGCUCAACAAGCUGAGGUCGGUGCUGAACGUCAGCCUGGUCACGCCGGAGCUCGCCCGCGCCCUCAUCUCCCUCAUCUCCGAGAUCCUGGAGUCGGACAGCGACCUGACGCCCUUCACCAACCUGAUCCUGGAGAUCACAGCGGCAGUGGGGGACCACCUGCAGGGCCACAGCGGCUCCUUCAGCCUGGAGGCCCCAGCCCUGGCCCUGGCCGUGGUGGACCUCCCCAAGGGACCCUUCAGCAGCCUCAGCUUCGGGGUCUCCUCCACGCUGGGGGUCUUGAAUCCAGAGAUACACAUCAACACGAUUCCCUUCCUGGGCACCGUGGCCUUCAUCUCUCUGCCAUCUGCGCUGAACCAAAGCUUCCCCGAGCCAGACCCCCCCAGCCUAACCCCACCCAGGGUCCUGUUCCAGUUCUUUGGCAGCGAGAGGCUCUUCAAGGAGCCAGAGAGCACUAAGCGCCACCAAAGGCUCAACACGUUCGUGGUGGCGGCCAGCGUGACCAACGCCAGCCGUCCAAUAACAGACCUGGACCAGGACGUGAAGAUCAUGCUCCACCAUCUGGUGCCCAAUAGGCGCAACAGGAGCGUGCAGUGUGUCUACUGGGACUUCAACAGGAACAAGGGGCGCGGUGGCUGGGACAGUCGCGGCUGCCGGACACACAACACCAGCCUUGACUACACCACCUGUCUGUGUGAUCACCUCACACACUUUGGGGUGCUGCUGGACGUUUCCCGGACAGAGCUGGACCCCCAUGAUGAGAUGGUGCUGACCUUCAUCACCUACGUGGGCUGCGGCGUGUCCUCACUCUUCCUGGGCGUCACCGUCCUCACAUACACAGCCUUCGAGAAGCUGCGUCGUGACUACCCCUCCCAGAUCCUCAUCAACCUGUCUCUAGCGCUGCUCUCCCUCAAUGUGGUGUUCCUGCUCAACUCCUGGCUGUCCUCCUUCGGCAUGUACGGCCUGUGUGUGGGCGUGGCCAGCACCCUCCACUACUUCCUUUUGGCCUCAUUCACCUGGAUGGGCCUUGAGGCGGUCAACAUGUACCUGGCCCUGGUCAAGGUCUUCAACGUCUACGUGCCCUCGUACAUCCUAAAGUUCUGCAUCCUUGGAUGGGGUAUUCCCCUGGUGGUCUGCGUGCUGGUGCUGGUGCUGAACAGAGAUGCAUACAGCAACCACCUCUAUACUGACACCAGGGCAGAAGUGAUGAUGCUGUCUGGCUUCUGCUGGAUCCAGGAUGACAUGACCUUCUACGUGACCGUGGUGGGCUACGUGGGUCUGGUGCUGCUCUUCAACAUAGCGGUGUUUGGGGUGGUGCUGAUGCAGAUCCGUCGCAUGCGGGCCAACCGGCCAGCGGGCAUCAGCGGCGGUCUGCUGAGGGACCUGAAGGGCGUGGCCAGCCUCACCCUGCUCCUGGGACUCACCUGGACCUUUGGGUUCCUCACCUGGGGCCCCGCCCGGGUGCCGCUGCUCUACCUGUUCUCCGCGCUCAACAGCCUGCAAGGGCUGUUUAUUUUUAUCUUCCACUGCCUGAUGAGGGAGAACGUCCGCAGGCAGUGGAGGAAGCAUCUGUGCGGCUGCCUUCGCCUGGAGGAUGACUCUGAGUGGAGCCACACGUUGUCAGUGGGGGCCGGUCGGUCCAACCCCAUCCCGACGGCGCCUCUAGACCAGUCCUUCCACUCGGUCAAGUCCAGCGCCUCCAACAGCACCUCCAGCACCUCCGCCUCCUCAGAGAAGAGCGACCCCUCCACCCGGAGGCCCCACCUGGCGCUGCUGGUGAACGGUUUGGCGUUUCCGAGGGCCCAAGCCGGCUGCUCUCAUUCUGAGCCCCACAGACCCAUCGCGCCGGACGGACCCUUCGCCAGCCCACCUCCUCCGUAGACCUCCAGGCUUACACUCUAGAAAUGUCCAGCUGUAGAGCUGAUUCAUGUUUCGCAGCUAUUGCAAUAAAGCUUCGAUGCCAGAUCUUACUGUUA